UUGUAAGAGAGAGAGAGAGAAAUGUUAGCUUGUUUCUAAUCAAAAUCAAUACAUUAAAAUAAAUUUGCUCUCUUAACAAUAAAACACACAUUUGAAUUGACAAUUGUUUAAAAAUGUGCAUUAAAUAAAGUUUGAUAUUCAAAAUCCAAGAUGGCCGCCUUGACAACGCAAACACAGCGGCGCACUGUGCUCUGUUUCACAAAUAAUUUCAUUUCAAAUACUCGAUAACCUUAAAAAAAAAAUUAAUAUUUUUUUAAAUGUAUAUAUUUAUAUGUGCAUGUAAUUUAUUUAUUUUUCUCAGACGCUUUGGCUACGAGACGCCAAAUGUACUCCGAAAUAAUUUUUCAUAGAUAAUUUAGUGCACUAGCUAGGGAACAUGAUGCAUUAUAACACGCACUUGGAAGUGCUCUUGUGUAGGGUGUACGCAGCUAUUUGAGAUUUGUCAGCGUUUAUUAUAACACCUAGACCUUUUUUGCACGUUGGGGACGUUUUGCCUCAUAAAGUACUCUCUGUUAGAUUUCUGUACAAACGAAGAACAUUAAUAGUUAAACAUUAAAAGUGCAGCGUUUCGAGGGAAAGCAUGGAAGUGGCAAAUGUUGCAGACUUUCUAUGGAAGGCUGAACACCUGAGAAAGCUGGCUGAUAAACAUGAAAAAGAAAGAGCAGUGAACAAGCAGAGGAGACGGACUGGCCUCAGAGAUUGUUUCUGUGAAUUAGAAGAGCUUGAGAACAAACUGAACAUGGAGCUUAAAGCUGAAGUUCUAAGAGUGCAGCAACAACUACAAAAGAUCAGAAAUGGUGUGUACCGAUUCCAGGGGCAGCUGAUGGAUGUGAAGCCAACUCCCAGUUUGAUAGAAAAACUGAACGACAUCAUGACCGAGAUCGAAAACUCAAUCACAAUUUUCAAAGAACAGCAACAUCAAAGUUUUGAGGAGCUCCUGCAGGAGGAAAGGACUUGUUGGCAAGAGAUAUGUGCCUUUGAAAACAAGAUUGAUUCUUGGGCAUUGGCUGUGAAAAAGGACAUGAGGUGUCCCAGGGUUCAGAAAACCAAGCAUGGCAUAAGCACAAAAACAAAACAGGAGAUUCCUAUAGAGGUAAUGGCUCUGGAAACAUUCCUGCAGCAAACAGGAGGGAAACUGGGUGGCUGGGACCAGUAUGAUCAUCAGAGCUUCCUGAAAGUGUGGACCAAGCACCAUGGAAAACCUUCCUACAGGUCGGAAGUUAACCUUUACUUGCCAGGCAAGACUGAGGAGGAUAUAAGGUUGCACGAGGAGUGGUACGUAGAAAUGUGCCGUCUCCAGGAAAAGAAGAAACAGGCCAUUCAGAGAUGGAGGUCAGAAAGGCUGAAAGAACGGGAAGCUCGUGUGCAGCAUGAACAUGAAGUCGGAGAGGCUGAAAGGAAGGAGCAGGAAGUCAUUAUAGGCGAAGCCCAUCGUCUCAAACAGGAAGAGGAGCGCCGGGAGGCAGCAAUCCGUUUGGAGGCCUGGAGGAUACAUCGGAGGCAGCAGCAGGAGCAGGAAGAGAAGCAGAGACUCAUAGAAGAAAUUCUGCAGAGGAAAAGACUAAAAGAGGAGAGGCGGAGGCAACAGGAGGUCAAACUCGCUGUGGAGGCUCACAUCAGAGAGAAGAAAGAGGAGGAGGAGCUGAGAAUGCUGGAGAAGGAAGCACAGGAGAGAGUGGAGUUGGAGGAGAAAAGGAGACUGGCUGCUGAAGGCAUCAAACGCUUUCAAGAGAGGGAUCUACACAAGUUAGAGACGAAACUGCAAGAAAAACAGGCUAAAGAGGAGGAAGAGUUGGAACGCCUGAUGAAGCAAGCAAAACUCAAAGAGAAGGUUGAAAGUCAUAUCAGUCGAGAUCCUUCAAGACUCUGGAAACCAACCAAAGGAUGGAAAAAACGCACCAAAGAGAUUGGGCCGACAGGGGGUGGACCUGUCUAUCACAUGUUUCAUAGGGCAAUACCGACAUGGAGACAAGACCUUUAAACCUGGGCUCAGUCUUCACAGAGCAUUCUGACUUCUGACUGAACACUAUUGCUGUUUGUGUUUAGACUGAUUUUGAUCUUGAUAAAGGAAAAGGUUGUGCAUUUUAUAUUUGUUUAAGUUAAAGUUUGUGUAAGAAUUUUUUUUGAAAAUGUAGUUCCUUCACUGAUAUAAACUCCUCCCUUUUCACAUUAAUAUAAAGUACAGGUUCAGUAGCUUUUUAAUGAUGUUACAUUUAUUUAUAAAAAUAAGCAGUUAAGGGUUAAGAGCCCAGCAGUGGCAGCUUAAAGGUGCUUGGAUUUGAACUCAGGACCUUUCAGUAAGAAUUCCAAUGGCUUCAUUUUGUAGAAUUAGAAUAUUUUGAAUUUGGCACCUGCAUUUAUUAGGAAAAAUAAAUAAAUUGCUCUGGAUAACAUCAAAUGCUCUCCAGUGUCUGACAUUCCAGAAUUGUUAGCUUUUUAUCACACUUUCUCAAGAAUGUAUUUUUUCUAUAUUAAAAAAAGUUCAUAAAGUA